AUGCUGGGACCGCGUGUUUUGCUCAGCACAGCAUUUGCUGCUGCUGUUGUUUCGGCUAGCUAUCUGCCCGGAGUCUCGAGCAACACUGCCUUCCAAUACAAUGCCCGUCGACAGGCCACUAACAGCACGUCCCCAUCUUUCAAUGGCCCAUACAGUACACGAGGCCGGGACAUUGUUGAUAGCAACGGCGAGAAGACGACUUGGGCGGGUGUCAACUGGCCCAUGAGUGGCGAGACUAUGAUUCCCGAGGGACUUGAGUGGGCCUCAGCGGAAGAAAUUCUUGAUGAUAUCGCGGGUGUUGGCUUCAACUAUAUCCGCAUGGGCUAUGCUAUUGAGAUGAUCGACCAAGUUUACGACAGGAACGGUGUAGACGUGCCACUCGAGGUUGGCCUCAUCAACGCCCUGGGAUACGUCAACGGCACCAAAGUUACCAACGAGAUCAUCGAGAAGAACCCUGGUUGGACAGCUCAGACUACUCGUUUUGAGAUCUGGAGCGAUAUCGCGCACAUUGCUGCUACCAAGGGCAUCUUCAUUAGCCCAGAUGUACACAGUGGAAAAGCGCAGUGGUGCUGCUCGCACACCGAUGGUACCGCUUGGUUCGACGACCUACAUUUCAACGCCACACAUUGGCGCCGCGGUCUUUCUUACGUCGCCAAUUGGGCGAAAGACCACCCGAAUGUAGUCAGCAUGUCUCUUCGCAAUGAGUUGCGCGAAUCUUGGAACGUCACGAACCUCUACUACAACUGGGACACGCUUGUGGGAAACAUGACGGCUGGUGCUGAUGCAAUCCACGAGGCCAACCCCGAUAUCCUUAUCCUCUGGGGCGGCAUGCAAUACGGACAAGAUCUAUCAGCUCUUACAACCGGUAAGAACAUCCUCACCGCCCCAUGCUACAAGUGUACAGCGAUCAGAGAUGCGGCAAGGAGGGAGCCAGUGUACUUCAACCUUGACGACCACCCAUGGGCUGACAAGCUCGUCUGGGAACUCCAUCUUUACAGCAUGAGCGAGGACAUCGACACCGGAACCUGCGACAUCGUCAAGGCAAACCUCUACCGCAACGGCUUCAAUGCCUUGGGCAUCGACGCACCAGCCGCCUGCAACAUCACGGGAGACUGCCCGAAGGCUGUUCGCGAGACACCAGUGAUUCUGAGCGAAUUUGGCAGCGCACAGGAUGAGACACUUUUCAACAACACUCUGCAGAACUGUUUGAAGGAGUACACCAUCGACAACGAUGUUAGCUGGAUGAUGUGGUCCAUUGCCGGUUCGUACAGGAUCCGAUCAGGUGUGCAAGGGUUCCCUGAUACAUGGGGCAUGACAAACUACAACUGGACAGGAUGGAAUUACGAGCGUGGUAUUGAGGAGUUCUGGAAGCCAUGGGUACAGGCGAUGAACACGACGAAGAUUCAGUAG